GUCCACUUUAAAGAUCCGAUAAGAGCUUAACCCUUGCAGCCACAUGCAACCCUGCGGGGUGAGUGGAUCCACAGCGGGAGCUUACACUGGAAAAAUCAUUUCCCCGUCCAAAUUUGUAGCGCCAAUUCGUAGCACCAAAUUCCACCUUCAACAUUGAUAUAGAAGAGUGCGAUUGAAAUCACCAGCAUAGGACGAAAAAUAUACCAAUCGCCCAAGAUGCCUCCCAGAAUACCCAUACUAGCCGCCCUUCGACAACCCUCUACUUUCUUCAGACCGCAACGAAUCGCUAGCAUAUCAACAACCGCCCCGACCCAAUCCCUGCGCCCCAACCCCGGGGCACCAACAGCGACCUCCCAACUCCUCGACAUCGACAACAGCAGCAGCGACAACGGCGACAACAGCAGCCCCAGCCCCUACACCCCGCCCAAGCCAUCACCGCCCGGCUCCGGGAGCACGAGCGCGACGCAGGUCGCCGCGGGCAUAUACGAGGACAUCUACGACAACCUGCGGGGCACGCGGCAGCGGGCGCGCACCAUCGACGAGGAGAUCAAGCAGCGGAACCAGAACGACGAGUACGCGCGCCAGAUGACGCGCCGCUGGAAGGCCGGCGACGUCUACGCCCCGCACGACAUCAGCCCCGUCGAGAUGGGCAAGUGGCGCCGCAACCAGUCGCGCAAGAAGGACCUCGUUGACAUGCUCGGCCUGAGCCCCCUCGACAUGUACCGCAACUUCUCCGUCAUCUCGGAAUUCAUGACACCCCACGGCAGGAUAAAGAAAUCGAUCGAGACGGGGCUUCGGCCGCCGAACCAGAGGAAACUAGCCAAGGCUAUCCGGCGCGCCGUCGGUCUAGGUCUCCAUCCUAGUGUACACAAACAUCCCGAGCUUCUAGUCCGAGAAACGUACAAGUUCUACGAGCAGAACGCCGCCAGUAAGCGGGAUUACAGAUGAGCCACAGAGUGAUCCGUUGUACAACGGCUUGGUGCCUUCUUCAUACCACCUAUAUACAGAGAGACCGGCAAGAAGUAUUUAGAUGUAUGAAUAGUGUUGUACAAAGAUAAAUUCAUUCACAUCAUCAAAUCAUGCCUUCCAGGGCCGGCGAACCUUGUAUCCCGGUUGACCAUC